AUGCACCUCAACGGUCUCACACAGCACCUCAAAAUUUUUACAUUCCACCUCAUUGACCACAGUGCGAAGUACAGCUUUGAACUUGAAGACGAUCCAGAAGAUCAUCUCGCAAGUAAACCAAAACAUCGAGGAGACACAAAAGGAGCUGAAGAGACUUCAAUUUCUGGAGAGUGCAGUGGCGUGGCAGGCGGCUGUCCGACUGCAGGCGUGGUGCAGAGGAGAGGCAACCCGCAGAUGGUGGAGAUCUCUGAACAUGUCAGUGUGCAAGAUACUUUAGUGUGGGUUGAAGGUAACGAGCCUACUCUGUGGGCCGUGAAGCGAGCCAUUGAAGCGUUAAUGCUACCUCCCGCAACGACGUCCGCGCAGAUUGAUCAAGAGUAUCACCGACUUAAAAUGAAGGUCGUCAAUGCACACCGAGAGGUGAAGGACUUCACAUCUAGCCUGGACCACGAAAAAUCCCAAAUCAAACUGAUGACUGAGAAUAAACUCCGCGCUGAGGAAAGUACGGCCUCGUUACGUCGCACUCGCACGCCCACGCGCACGAGGUUGUUCAGUCGCAAAAGUAGCCGAUCACAAGAAUCGGUUACAGAGCGAUAUAAACCUCAGUCGCUUAUAGAGGAACACAAAGCCAAGAAGAUGAUUAAGGAAUAUCCGUCAUUGGAUGUUUACAGUCAUCUUUUCUAUCAGCUGCACAACAAUCCAGAGUACCUGGCACAGCUGUUAGUUCUGGAAAGGCCGAAAGAAUCCGACCCACUAUCGGAUAUGAUUCUUGCUACUCAUAGCUACGGUCAAGGUACGAGAGACAAUUUAAACCUCAAUCGCAUAUACAAAAGAGCGAUAUCCGUCGCCGUUGCCAAGGUACAACCCAAACUAACACCUGCCAUAGUCUACGUGUUCUGA